AUGUUCCAGGGCCUCGGAGCUGGUCCGCCACGCGGAUCCCCUUUAUUUGGGCUCUCCUUCGAGGAACAAUUGUUCACGACUUCGAUCAGCUUCACCGCCGAUAUGGCUCCUUGGUUCGAACGGCUCCUGUUUCUGAAAGACCCGACCUGGUGGAAAAGUCAACCGGGCCAUCCUGAUUCCCUGCUAAGUGCCAUCCACCCAGAUAAACAUGCCAAUAUUCGAAAGGCCUUAUCACCAGGUUUUACUACACGCUCCCUUAAGGCGCAGGAGCACCUGGUGCAGAAGUAUGUAAACCUUCUAGUGCAACGGCUGCGAGAACGGGUAGUGGAAAACGGGAGCGGAGACCUGUUGGAGAUCGAUAUAGCUCCGUGGUUUCAUUACACCACCUUUGAUAUAUUUGGUGAAUUAGGCUUUGGAGAAUCUUUUGAUUGUCUCCAGCACUCUCGCUAUCAUCCCUGGAUUGCUCUCCUCUUCAACAGUGUUAAGGCCGCAUCAUUCGUUGCAGCAACUCGAUUUUACCCAUGGCUAGAAUUUCUUUCAAUGAAAUGUAUUCCCCAAUUGCUAAAAGAAAUGCAAAAGGACCAUUAUAAUCAGAUUGUGGAUAAAGUACGACGACGGCUGAGCUGGGAACUUCAGCAGCCUGAUAUCAUGUCACAUCUUAUCAACGAUAACAGCGAGACACUCUUACCCUUAGGCGAGCUGGACGCGACCUUUAUGAUUUUUACAACAGCGGGCAGCGAAACCACAGCUACUGUCUUGACCGGAACAUUAAACUACUUGGUCCAGAAUCCAGCCAAGCUUGCCACUCUUGUAGAAGAAGUGCGCGGAGCAUUCAAAAGCGAGCUAGAUAUCUCCAUUGAUGCCGUUCGCAAUCUACAGUAUCUCAACGCCGUGAUAAACGAAGGUCUACGGCUAUGCCCCCCAGUACCAUGGAUGCUUCCUCGACUAGUUCCCCAGGGUGGUAGAACUGUGUGCGGAGUGUGGCUACCUGGGGGUACACGGCUCUCGCUGCAGCCAUACAGUUUGUACCGCAACGCUGAGAAAUUCCAUCUGGCAACCACGUUCAUCCCAGAGCGAUGGCUGCCUGCCGCCUCCACGGAUCCUGACUCCCCUUUCUUCCAGGAUGAGCGGGCAUCCGUUCAGCCGUUCAGCGCGGGUCCUCGGUCGUGCAUGGGCAUCCACCUUGCAUGGGCGGAGAUGCGAUUGAUUUUGGCUAAAUUGCUCCUCGUUUUUGAUGUCGAAGCUGUUCAAGGGAAGCGCCUGCGAUGGGAGGACCUGAGAACAUUUCUAUUAGUAGAAAAGAGACCAUUGGAAGUCCGCAUACGACAUGCAUAA